AUGUUCUUCGCCUUUGCGCUCCUGCCGCUUAUAGCGUUUUCAUCCCUCGGUGCUGCUUACCGCAACCUCACCGACGACACGCUCAAAAACCUGCCCGGACCCGGCGAUGACUUCGAUAUAAAGAAAGGCGCUUUGCUUGCGCCAAUACUGGUCCCUAGAGUGUCUGGGACUGAAGGCAAUGCUGCUGUGCGACAGCACUUUGUAGACUUUUUCAAGUCGCAACUACCAGAAUGGCGUAUAGAGAUGCACAACUCGACGUCGACGACACCCGUGAGCAAGGGCAAGGAAGUUCCGUUUGUCAACAUAAUUGCGACGCGCGAUCCACCUGGUAGUAUGGAGGGAGAUGUUUCGCGACUGGCUUUGGUCGCGCAUUACGACAGCAAAUUGACGCCAAAGGACUUCAUUGGGGCGACGGAUAGUGCGGCGCCAUGUGCCAUGAUUCUUCACAUUGCGCGCAGCAUCGAUGCGGCUUUGACCAAGAAGUGGGCAGCGACGGACAAGGGUGACUUUGAGGUGGAACACAGGGGUGUGCAGAUACUCUUGUUGGAUGGUGAAGAGGCUUUCCAGAGUUGGACCGACACAGACAGUCUAUACGGAGCUCGAGCUCUAGCCCAGGAUUGGGAGUCAACCUUCCAUAUGGCUUCCUCGAUUUACCGUACCCCGCUAGACUCGAUCGAACUCUUUCUUCUGCUCGACCUGCUGGGCUCAAAGAACCCCAGAGUGCCGUCCUACUUCAAAACCACACAUUGGGCAUACAAGCACAUGGCAAACACAGAGGAACGUCUGCGAAAGCUGGGCUUGUUCAAGUCGGCCCCACUGCGCAAGUCCAAGAUGGCAGAGGCCGAGCCUGAGAAGCGUCGCGCUGACCGACCGUUCCUGAUCGAUGCAUACAAGGACGACUCGGCAUUCAUCGGCGGUUUUGUGCAGGAUGACCACGUUCCCUUUAUGGCUCGCGGUGUCGAAAUUCUACAUAUGAUUCCUUCGCCUUUCCCAAAGGUAUGGCACACACCAGAGGACGACGGGGAGCAUCUCGACUUGAACACAGUCGAGGACUGGACAAAGCUGUUCAUGGCUUUCACUGCCGAGUGGAUGGAGUUAGAGGGCUUCUUUGACGUCAAAACAGCAAAGAGAGAGGAUACCGAGAAAUCGGAACUGUAA